AUGACCUCCUCCCUUUCCAAGGACGACCAAAUUCAGAACCUCCGAAGGCUUUUCGCCGAUUCCGGAGUGCCGAAUGAUCCAAAGGCUUGGGACCAGGCCUGGAUCGAUAGCACUACACCGUGGGAUGCCAAUCGACCCCAGCCUGCGUUGGUGGAGUUGCUGGAAGGCGCACACGACGCCGAUGCUAAAGUUCCUGAUGUUGACGGCAAUCUCAUUCCUGUGUCUCAGGCAAUCCCUAAGGGAGACGGCACAGCCGUGGUGCCAGGAUGCGGGAGAGGCUAUGAUGCCAGAGUGUUUGCAGAGCGAGGUUUGACGAGUUAUGGAGUCGACAUUAGCUCCAAUGCGGUGGCCGCAGCUAACAAGUGGCUUGGCGAUCAAGAUCUUCCUACUGAGCUCGAUGACAAGGUCAACUUUGCCGAGGCAGACUUUUUCACUCUUGGUACCAGUAAGAGCCUUGUCUUGGAGCUCUCUAAGCCAGGGCAGGCAACACUUGCAUACGACUAUACAUUCUUGUGUGCCAUUCCUCCUUCGCUUCGCACGACCUGGGCUGAGACGUACACAAGACUGCUGGCCAAGCACGGCGUGCUAAUUGCACUCGUCUUCCCCAUUCAUGGAGAUCGGCCUGGAGGUCCUCCUUUUUCCAUUUCGCCUCAGCUGGUUCGAGAACUGCUUGGCUCUCAGAAGAAUGCGGAUGGAAGCGCUGCUUGGACUGAACUAGUCGAGUUGAAACCGAAAGGACCAGAGACACGGCCGGACGUCGAGCGCAUGAUGGUGUGGCGUCGCUCUUGA